AUGAACCAAGCAGAAGAUGUCGAAGUUGUCCUCGGUCAUGAGCGUCGCUACAAGUUCCACUCGGGUACUUUGGCGCGUAACUCAACCCUCCUCGCCGACUUAUUGACCGAGUGUAACGCCGUCAAGUUGAACACUCGCGCCAGGAACGCAGGUAUCAAGACGCGCUGGAUGAUCGAACUCAAGGACCUGCCUUCCGAGCAACAUCCUGCCGGUCGUCUUGAUCUCGUGGAACUCACACCAACUGCCGAGCGAGCCGACGGUCGCAGCGGCCUAAUCGUCAACGAAAAUGGACGUAUCCCCCAAGCCGUUAAGACCUUCCAGCACUAUGAAAGCAUCUUUUAUGCCUUCUACAACAAAGAGCUCAAGAUUGCUGACACCGACAUGUCCGCCGCCCUUCAUGAUUGCUACCAGCUUCUCAAGAUCGCCGACUACCUAGGCUGCACCAUACUUAUCUCCAAGCCCAUCGAGAUCGCCCUCCUGAAACAUGGCCAGGAUCUCUUCCGCGCCAUCCAGAAGAAGCCGCACGCCUGGAUCGAGAUGUCGUAUCGAAUCCGCAGCGAACUCAUCUUCCGCGAAUGUAUCGUUCAUCUAGUCGGCAACUGGAGGGUCUUGAAGGCUUCACGCAGCACCCUGGAUUACCUGCGCGAAGUCCCUGGUCUGCGCGGCUUGCUCGAGAAGUACCACCGCGCAAUGCUCGGCCAGUGCAAGGCCGUCGAGUUAGCUGUCAUGUCCCUCUACCCCGGCACCAUGCGCCUCCCCGUCGAAGACCUCCCCAUCAAGCGCGAAGCCUACGCCAAAGACAUCCUCGUCUGGAUAGCACUCACCUUCUUCCGCCACUGGAUCGGCCAGCGCCUCAUCAUGGACAAAGGCCGCCACGCUUCCGACUGCGGUUUCGAACUCUACAAGGCGAUCGGCACAGCAGGAGAUUCCUACAUGGACAAGUCCGUCAUCAACCAGUUCCACACCAAAUUUCCCAUGACGAAGAAAGCCAUGAACGUCCUGGAGAACCAUCUGCUCGAGAUCAAGGAGUGUAUGAAGACCGUCGUCGACCAGCACAAGAUCCUCAAGUCAACCUGCCAGUUGGAUAUUCAUCGCUUCCCCGUUGAGUAUCUGACUUGCACUGAGUUCGACAAGGGCGAUUACCCGUGGGACAAGGACAGCGAGGGCCCUAGGGUGCUUCCGGCGAAGAGGGCGUACAAGCCUGGCGGCAAUGACAUUGCUCGCAAGAACUUGGAUACCGCGAGAAUGCAUCAGGAGAGGAGUAUGAGUAUGGAGGGUGAGGAGGAGGAAGAUUCGGUCGAGUUUGAGAGUGAUGAUGAUGAGGAGGAUACCAGGGGUAAGCGGGCUAAGAUUGAUUAA